AUGGCAACCAACGAGGAUCAAAAGCAAACUGAAUCUGGAAGACACUCAGAGGUUGGUCACAAGAGUCUUCUCCAAAGUGAUGCUCUUUACCAGUAUAUUCUAGAGACCAGUGUUUUCCCAAGAGAACAUGAAGCCAUGAAAGAAUUGAGAGAGAUCACAGCAAAACACCCAUGGAACCUCAUGACAACCUCUGCAGACGAAGGACAAUUUUUGAGCAUGCUCCUUAAACUCAUCAAUGCUAAGAACACCAUGGAAAUUGGUGUCUACACUGGCUACUCCCUUCUUGCCACUGCCCUUGCCAUUCCUGAAGACGGAAAGAUUUUAGCUAUGGAUAUUAACAAGGAGAAUUACGAACUGGGUCUUCCUGUGAUAAAAAAAGCUGGAGUUGAUCACAAAAUUGAUUUCAGAGAAGGUCCCGCUCUACCAGUUCUUGAUGAAAUGGUUAAAGAUGAAAAGAAUCAUGGGAGUUACGAUUUCAUUUUUGUGGAUGCGGAUAAGGACAAUUACAUCAACUACCAUAAGAGGUUGAUUGAUCUUGUGAAAGUGGGAGGUGUGAUCGGCUACGACAACACCCUAUGGAAUGGAUCUGUGGUCGCACCUCCUGAUGCUCCUCUCAGAAAGUAUGUUAGGUACUACAGGGAUUUUGUUUUGGAGCUUAACAAGGCUUUGGCUGUGGACCCUAGGAUUGAAAUCUGUAUGCUUCCGGUUGGUGAUGGAAUCACUAUCUGCCGUCGGAUCAAGUGA